GCGGCACUCACUCGUUCAGUUUGUAAAGAGAUUUGGCCAAGAUUAGAUGUGCUUAAAUUCAAAGUGAUAAAUAUUUAGCAUUUAUUCGAGUUCUGAUUGCAUUUAGCAAAGAAAAAAGCUUGUUCGUUGUAUAAAAAGGAAUUGAAUUAACUUGUGUUAAAUACGGAAGGAUAAGCAAAUCCUGCUAAAAAGUGUAUUUCUCGCAUGCAGUUGUUAAGGAGGAACAGGAAUUUACAUUCUUUGUACAAAGGAUAGGACAAAAACCGAACACAGUGCAAAAGGAAGAGAGGAAAAAAUUAGCAAACGAAAUCCAUUACGUGAAAAAUCGAUAAAAAUAGAAUCAAAUCGGAAGCCCGUCAUAAAGGCAAAAGCAAAAACAAAAACGAAUAGACGUGACGACGAGAGGAGCGCUACAACAACAAAAUAACGAACAGUACAACGUCGGCCAAAGAGCGCAUAGUAAGAAUCGUGGUAUAGUGAAGGAAUUUGAAAGUAAAAUAGACGAUAUAGUUGAAAUAAUUCUUACGCGCCCACAAAUAUAAACCUCGCGCGCAAAGCGUUGUAAGAGAUAAGUUGAGAUUUUUGAAAUAAAGCAGUGUGGAGUACACAUAUCAGGGAAAGGAGAAGAAUCAGCUGAUCAGCUUUAGUGGGGUAACGGAAGAGAAGGAGAAACGCUUCUCCUACUGCCGGUAAGGAGAACGUCACCUACGUAAAAAAGAGCAAAAUUUACUACAGCUGUCCAAUCAGCCGUAAAAAUAGCCAAAGCACAAAACGUCAACAAAAGAGUGUUGAAUUUGUAAUAUAAACAAAACAAGAAAAAAUAUCUCCAAUCAAACCAUACAUCGGAUAUAAAUAAAUGUGCAUAUAAUCAAAAAUUUAAGAAAAAAUAAAGAAAUACAUAUAUCAUACAUUAAAGUCUAUACAGUUUUGUUAAAGUUAUUACAAAAUAUAAUUGUUGGCGUCGUAAACUAAUCAAUAUAUUUGUAAGAAAAAAUUACAAAUUCCUGCUACAAAUCAACAAAAAGUGGCUAAAGUAAUACAUACAGAAAGUUUAUUGAAAUAAAACAAGUACCUAAAUUUCUAAUAAUUUACGAGUGCGGCAAAUUAGUAUGGGCACAGAAACCAAACUCAACAGUUACAAGGAGAACACCACUGCAACGACUGGUAGUGUUUUUCGUCCGAAAGUAGCGCACAAUGGUUCGUCGGCAACAGCAAUAGGUGCCGGUGUUGGUCAAAAGUUGCAUUCAUCAAAUGGUGCAUUGAACUCUAAACAACAACAGCAUAGCGAUAUCACCAACGGCAGCUCUGUAACUCCAGUUUUUGUACCCAUACACAUUGGCGACGACGUAAUUAGCGGUGCCAAAGAGGUGCUGAAAGUGAUAAGACCACAGUGGAAUAUUAGUCAUGUGCAAUUUAAAAAAUUCACCGAUGGCAUCACAAAUAAACUUGUCGGUUGCUUCUAUAAUCCCCCACAAACCACCACCACAACAACAACAACAAACAACAAUGGCAAUGAAAUCGACACAGGCAGCGCAUAUGGCAAUGACACACCCCACUCACCCUCAACUUUGGCCUCGUCCACACUGUUGGACGACAACAAUGACUCGGGCAAUAUCAGCGACACGGAUACAUUGGAUUCAGAGGUGACUACGUCGAGUGCACUUGACAUAGAUACUAGUCAUAAUGCCAGCUGUGCUGUUAAUACGAAGGAUGAAAGUCACAACAACAGCAGUUCGUUCAGUGAUAGCAAUGUAGCACUGGUGCGUGUCUAUGGUAAUAAAACCGAUCUGCUGAUCGAUCGCAAAGCCGAGACACGCAACAUACUGCUGUUGCAUACGUACGGUUUUGCGCCGACACUGUUUGCCACAUUCAAAAAUGGUUUAGUUUACGAUUUUGUACCUGGUGUAACAUUGAAGCCAACCAGUGUUUUGGAACCGAAGAUUUGGCGUUUGGUAGCGACACGCAUGGCCGAGAUGCAUCGUCGCGUGCAGGUGCAGGAGACGAUAGCUGCUGAAGUGGUGCCAAUGUUGUGGCAUAAGACGCAAAGUUUCUUCGAUUUGGUACCUGAGCGUUUUAGUGAUCCCGAGAAACACAAAAGAGUUGAGGAAACUUUCUUGCCCAUAAAACGUUUACGCGACGAAUUCAACGCGCUAUACAGGCGGCUCGAGCGCCUGGGCAGCCCCGUGGUAUUUGCCCACAACGAUCUGUUGCUGGCCAAUAUUGUCUACUUGGAAGCAGAGCAGCGUGUCAAUUUCAUUGACUACGAAUAUGCCGAUUACAAUUUUCAGGCAUUCGAUAUUGGAAAUCAUUUUUGUGAAUUUGCCGGCGUCGACGAGGCGGACUUCUCACGCUAUCCCAAGCGUGAUUUUCAACUUGCUUGGCUGCGCGUCUAUCUGCAGGAAUAUCUGCAACGCACCGACAUCACCGACGCCGAAGUGGAACGUCUGUACUUGCAGGUGAACCAAUUCGCGUUGGCCGCGCACAUGCUCUGGACCGUCUGGUCGCUCAUACAGGGAGAACAUUCCAACAUCGAUUUCGAUUAUGUCGACUACGCUCACAUACGCUAUGCGGAGUACAAAAAGCAUAAAUCCGUAUUAGGCUUGGAGGAUGAAGCGGCAGCUGAGGACGACGUUGCGGCGGCAAGUUAAGUUUACCAUAAGCACACAGCGCAUCUAAACACGACCGCGCGCCUGCCAGCUGCUAGAUUUUCAGCUGAGCAUGAGAGUUUGACUCAAAUGCUUGCUGGCAGUGGCUGAAACUUGAACGAAUCCGGUGUUAUGAAGGCAAUCAGGCGAAAUCUGCGCAUAUAUUACAACAACAACGUUUAGUUGGCAACUUUUAUUUCAAUUCGAUACGUGUGUCUAAUAGUUUGUUAUAGCAGAUAAAAGUUUGUACUCGUAUAUUCACGUAAAUUCGUUUCGUAGUCAUGCUGCUUGUGUGUGGCGUACGGUGCAUAGGUCGUAAAUAACAGUGAAAAAUUAAGUUAUUUAAUUUUGAAAUUAAAAAACAAAAAACAUUCCGCAAGCAUUAAUUAUUUAAAUACGAUUUUUAUGUAAUACAAAUUGUAAUUAUAAAAUAUGUUAAAGAUAUUGGAAAAAAUAGCAAACAAACAAAACAAAACAGAAACUAGUAAGCCAGAAAAAGUGUUGACAACGCAUUGUGAUUUGUUUUUAGUCUAAAUCGAAAGCAGUAUCGUUUUAAUUAUUAUCUAAACAUAAUCUCAUUAUCCAACUGAAUUGAGUACUUUUAAGUGUCAAAUAAAAGGGUAGCUGUCUACAUGCUGAGACCACAUUUUCUUCUUUGACGUGCAAGUGAUUGUUAGUAGAAUAUCCCUAAAGUGAAAUAAACUUAUAAUUGGCGAAAGCCAGGUCUUUUCCGAACUUGUUUCAGUGCGAAAUUGCUUGCUACAAACUAGUCUGCUCUGACUUGUUAGCUUUCAGUGAGACAUUUCGAGUAGCAAACUAGUGUAUUCGCCACAAUUUAGGUUUUAGUCCCAAAUUUCUAGUUGCAAACGAGCACUUUUUUGUUGAGUAAGCUAUUUUGCUGUAGGGAAAUAUUUCUUUUAAUAUUAACUGCACGUUAACAUUUAUUUUCUAACCUUACUUUUCUAUCGCAUAAAAAAUACCUACUUUUAUCUGAUAUUUACAUAAAAUAUUAUAUUCUUUUAAACUAUCAUUAACUUGUGUUAUCUAUAGUUUUAUUUCAUAUUAUAAAAGUAUAUUAUAUUUGCUGAAGUGGAGUUUACUUGACGAUUUGAAAAGUUAUUACGCAGUAAAUUGAGGAAGUAGAAUUUAAAUGACAAUAUUUUGCAGAAAAGUAUUGAAAGCAAUAAAAAAAAUUACAUUUUUAAUGUUUAAUAAAUUAAUUUAUCUCUUUGCAAAUGUAACUGCAUAUUUAUGUUUAAUGCAGUCGUAAAAACCGUAUCGUAAUUUUACAUCUCAAGUAAAAUUAAAAAAUAUGACAUUUCUAGCCAAAUUAUGACGUGUGUUGCUCAGAGCAGCUAAAAUCGCAAUAAUUUCCGGUUUUUGGCACAUUUUUCGAACAUAAUUCUAUACCAAAGUUGUGUUUAACGCAUUUCACUUUUAACUCUUGUUGUUUAGUGCUCAAAAAAUAUAGCCAGCGUUUUAAAACAUUUUCACUACAGAACUAAAUUAAAUUUAAAGAUGAAAAGCUUUAUAUUUUCUUGAAAAAAACAUUACAUAAUAUUGGAAAAACACAUAUUUUCCUAUAACCUUCCACUGUAAAAAUAAAAUAGGGUUAUGUAAGACAACUUUUCGAUUUUUUUUUUUGUAAAAAAAGAGAUUUUCAUAUAAUAUUUUACUCUUAAAAAUGUUAAAUAUUUAUCCAAAGCGGGUUCUAAAAUUUCAAUACUAUAGAAAUUUCGAAACUUUUAACUUUACCCAACCUUAAAAUUUACAAAUUUUUCGAUAGAAUAACUUUGAGCAGUUAAUUUUUUUUUGUUAUUUUAUUAAGAUUCUCCAACUUUUGAAUAAUGUUAAUGUUAGAUACUCUUUCUUCUUUACUGGCGUAGACACGGCCAGCGGUUAUAGCCGAGUUACGAUUAGAUAACCUUUACCUCCUGCAAAAACAAAUAAGCAAGUCAUUAUUAACAAGUCUAAAUACCUGAGAUUUCGCAAAACUCGCUUGAGUCUCUAUAUAACUUAAAACAAAAA